CUGUCAGUUUAAAACCCUCUCAUCCCCGUGGGAUUCGCUAUUCUGCUAUCCAUAGAUUUAACAGUAUCACCUACUUGGAAGAUCGAGAUUGGAGGUGUAUUGAGGUAGGAUGAAGAUUCAGUGCAACGCUUGUGAGGUAGCGGAGGCGGUUAUACUGUGCUGCGCCGACGAGGCGGCGCUGUGCCGGGAUUGUGAUCAGAAAGUGCAUGCCGCCAACAAGCUCGCCAGCAAGCACCAGAGGGUUCUUCUCACUAACUCCGCCAAUCAGAUGCCCAAGUGUGACAUCUGUCAGGAAACAUUUGGUUAUUUCUUUUGCCUUGAGGAUCGAGCUUUACUGUGCAGGAAGUGUGAUGUUGCUAUACACACAGCAAACUCCUUGGUGUCUGCUCACAAUAGAUUUUUACUUACUGGCGUUAAAGUAGGACUUGAAGCUACAGAACCUGGUCCAUCUGUGUCUUUGGGGAAGUCCCUCUGUAAUGAGAAAACCUCAGAAACAGAGAGACGGACAACCCCUGCUGCAUCAACUGGUCAGUAUGUCAAAGCUUUACCUCUCCAAACCAAUGGUGGUGAGGGUUUUGUAUGGUCAAAGUUGUCUACUGCUGGCGGUUCAGCAACUGAAGUUUCGCAAUGGCAGUUAGAUGAUUUUAUUGGUUUUGGUGAUUACACUCAGAACUAUAAUUUCAUGGAUAAUGUCUCAUCCAAGGCGGAUAGCGGGAAGCAAGGAUCAGAUCGCUCCUCAAGUUUUCAACCCGCAGUUGGAGACUUGGAUGAUGAUGAGUGUUUAGGACAGGCACCAGAUUCAUUUUUUAUGGUGCCACAGGUCCAUUCUCCACCUACAUUAUCGGGGCUUUCCUGGUCUAAAAACUACCGGAAUCCAUCUGAUUCUGCUGUAUUUGUGCCUGAUGUAAGCUCUUCUCCCUUGCGAAGCUUCCAACACUAUCCUCAACUGCAUUCUACGAACUCAAAACGGAGAAGGCAAUUCUGAUACAUGCUCCAAGCUUUUACCCUGGAUGUAAGAGGAUCACUUCACAUUACCUGCGCAAUGGAUAAGGUACAUGCCGUGCUAUUAGCCUAAAGGUUUCAUGUUUAUCGAGCUUGAUUUGUUUUAGCUGUUAGCUGUGGGGGGAACAUUUACUUCUCGCUUGUUUGUAGGUUUGUUUUAUUAACUAGCGUUCCAUUGUCAUUUCUCUUGUAUGAAGGUUUGUUUAGUUGUGCUAGUGUUCCACAGUCAUCAAAACGAAGCAAAUGAUGUAGUUUUUCUUGGUUUUUGAUAUUUAAAGUUGGAUGAAAAAGUUAUUUUAUUGUGAA